AUGAGAGCAACAGGAGAAAAGAGGGUUCUACAACUUCAUGAGUUAGAUGAGUUUCAUUUGGAUUCGUAUGAGAAUGUAAAGAUUUAUAAGGAAAAGAUCAAGAGAUGGCACGACAGGCAUAUAAGGGAGAAGGAGUUUGAGAUUGGUCAACAAGUAUUGAUGUUCAAUUCACGCUUCAAGCUUUUUCCGAGAAAGCUGAAGUCUCGGUGGUCGGUUCCAUUUACAGUAGUAGCUGUGUUUUCACAUGGUGCUAUGGAAGUGGUGUCUCAAGAUCAACAAAGGAGGUUCAAAGUAAAUGAACAACGGUUGAAAGCUUAUUGGGGAGGUGAUUACUCCAGUGAAAAAACAACCGAACAUGACGUCGUAGAACACUCAAACCAACAUCGACCAAGGGGAAAGUAUGAUGAGAAAGAUAGUCUAGCCGUCACCUAUAGUAUCUUCCAUGUUUAA